AUGGCACCAACCCGAACAAUAAAAAACAAACACGCCGCCGGCUCCAAAUCCUCCUCCUCCUCCUCCGGCCCAAAACGAUCCUCUUCAUCCGGCGUGAAGAAACCCUCAGGCGGCAAGGGUGCCCCCAAAGGCAAAAUCCCCCCCAAAGAACAAAAGUCCAAACCCAACUUCGGCCAAGACCGCAAAAAGAAACCCCGCGUCUACACCGAAAAAGAGCUAGGGAUCCCAGAGCUGAAUAUGAUCACCCCGUUGGGGUGA